ACUUGUCAUUCCAAACCAGUGGCAACUCUGAUGCAUCCUUCGCGUAGUUUGGGGAAAGCUGUGGAGGGCCGUGUCUCUUGUAAGCUCAAUGCGAGAAGUGGUUCUUAUGUCAAGUCCCCCUUCCUACUUUCACCCCCUCUGGGUAGAGAGUGAAGUGAAGUGAGAUGGCCGAGCGGGCCUGCCCGAGUCUCCCAAGAUGUGCUACUACAAGCGACUGGCUACUACAAGCGACUGGGUUCGAAGCGGGUCGUUGCCUCUGUUCUUUACCGCGUCGACCCAAUCCGACACCCACAAGCUAGGUUGGCAUAAAGUCCCAUUUCCUCUGGAUUGAACUUGGUACAGUACAGACCACCGGGUCAGGAUGAUGACUGGCUUGCCACUAUUUGCCCCAAGAUCAUCAAAACCAUGGUUGACCGACUAAGCCUCGAAGGCGCAACGCAGUCACAAACGCUAUUCGGGCUGGAUGCCAAGGUCAAAUGGAGCAAGGCCGACCGUAGGCAACGUGAGAAGCUUAGCCCUGUCAUCAAGGGCUUCAUGAAUGCCCCCUGUUUCAGAAAAUAUAUCCUGGAAUACGGAGUACCUCCAAGAGCCUGACGACCCGGAUCUCGAGCACAAGCGCCCAGUGAUCCCAGAGAAGUGUUGCAAUGGCUGCAACCACGAGCUUGGAGCGGUUCCUGUCUGGGUCCGCGUGAGAAGAGCGGGGAGAAGCCGUCUGCAGGACAGCCCCGGCCGGCGCUGCCAUUUGGCGACCUCCGGCCACGGAUCCCCGAUCGGCAACAAGGUACUACUUUGCAGAUUGGGGAGGCAAUUAGAUAGGCUCCGUGGCUCACCCAACUGGAGAUAUUUCCACCUUACGCCAGCGAUGGCGAGGCAGACACCAAAGGAGACGAGACUACCACAACACCUCUACCGGCAAGAAGCGGAGGGCAGAUACCCACACAAACGAGACAGGACACGCCGGCACAGAGAAUUCGUUCAGCCGCUCAACCCAGCUCCUGCCGCAGAUCUCCGGAACGACAAUGGUGGUCCAUCCCUUAGCGAUCCAUGCGGUUUUAUAGCUGUUGCUAGAA